AUGCAGCCUGGUGCUGGUCUUUGCACUGAAGCCACGGUCCCGAAGGCUCUCCAUGACGACCUCAAACAGAAGUACAGCCAACUCUCUACUGAGUGUGACAACCUGCGUGUGGACAUCAACAAACUCAAAGCCGAGAAUGAACAACAAAAAGCAACACUCAGGAACACACAGUUUUCCUUUAGCUCUACCAAAUACCUCCAGCAGCUCUUAGUUUCUAAGGAGGAGGUUCGCUCUGUGAAGCAGGAGUGGAGCCCCAGUCUGGGCCAGGAGGAGCCAGAACUACCACACAUUAAAGUGGAACAGGAGAAACUCUUGAUCAGCCAAGAGGGAGAGCAGCUUCAAAAACAGGAGGAGGCUGAUAUCAGGUUUCCAUUCCCUCCUGUCCCUGUAAAGAGUGAAAGUGAUGAAGAGAAACCUCACUCCUCACAGCUUCAUCAAAGCCAAACUGAGGAGGACAAACAGGUAGAGCCACCAGACAGCAAUUCAACUGAACAGAUGAAAACAGAACCUGAUGGAGAGGACUCUGGACUGUCAGGACCAGCCAGUAACCUAGAUCAGGAUGGUGAUUCCGAACCAACUAGUGAUGACUUCCAACAGCUCUUAGUUCCUAAAGAGGAGGUUCACGCUGUGAAGCAGGAGUGGAGCCCCAGUCUGGGCCAGGAGGAGCCAGAUCUCCCACACAUUAAAGUGGAACAGGAGAAACUGUUGAUCAGCCAAGAGGGAGAGCAGCUUCAAAAACAGGAGGAGGCUGAUAUCAGGUUUCCAUUCCCUCCUGUCCCUGUAAAGAGUGGAAGUGAUGAAGAGAAACCUCACUCCUCACAGCUUCAUCAAAGCCAAACUGAGGAGGACAAACUGGUAGAGCCACCAGACAGCAAUUCAACUCAAGAGAUGAAAAUAGAACCUGAUGGAGAGGACUUUGGACUGUCAGGACCAGCCAGUAACCUAGAUCAGGAUGGUGAUUUAGAACCAACUAGUAAUGUUUGUGGUAAAGGGUUUUCUGUAAAAGGAACGCUGCACACACACAUGAGAACUCAUACAGGAGAGAAACCCUUCACUUGUUCAGUUUGUGGUAAAGGGUUUUCUGUAAAAGGGAAUAUAGUGAUGCGGUCACAUAUGACAACGCAUACAGGAGAGAAACCUUUCACUUGCCCAGUUUGUGGUAAAGGGUUUUCGAUAAAUGGAAAUAUGCAGAAACACAUGGGAACACAUACAGGGGAGAAACCAUUCAUGUGCUCAGUCUGUGGUAAAGGAUUUUCUAAAAAAAGCGUUCUUCAGAAACACAUGAGAAUACAUACAGGAGAGAAACCUUUCACUUGUUCAGUCUGUGGUAAAGGGUUUUCUCUUAAGGGAAAUAUGCAGACACACAUGAGAACACAUGCAGGAGACAAGCCGUUCACUUGCUCAGUCUGUGGUAAAAAAUUUUCUCAAAGAAGGUAUAUCCAACUACACAUGAAACGACACACAGCAGAGAAACAUCUUAGUUGCACAAUCUGUGGCAAAGGGUUUUCCCUACAUGUAAAUAUGCAAGAACACAUAAGAACACAUACAGGACAGAAACCAUUCAUGUGUUCAGUCUGUGGUAAGGGGUUUUCUCAAAGAGGAUGUGUCCAAAUACACAUGAGAACACAUACAGGAGAGAAACCUUUUAGUUGCACAGUGUGUGGUAAAGGUUUUUCUCAAAAGGGAAAUGUGCAGAAACACAUGAUUACACAUACAGGAGAGAAACCGUUCACUUGCUCAGUUUGUGGUAAACGGUUUAGUCAAAAAAACAUGUGCAGACACACCUAAAAAUACAUGAGAGAAACCCCUGUGGUGUAGGUUGUCGGGAAAACAACUGUCAGACAAA